ACAGUAUUUCAAAAAUCUUUCUUUUCUGGCUUUUCUUCAUGGUAUCAAAGCAAGUCACAAUCUGCAUUUGAAUACUUUUGCCUUAUUUGAUUAGUUCCUUUGUUUCUCCUUACAAAUCAACAAAUCAGUACACAUCAUGGCCAAAAACAAGAAUACACUUACCAUUCAAAGCUUCCACUAGAUGGCAAGCUUGGUCUUAGUCAAGUUGUCAAGUACCAAUUUUCUUGUUAUGGAAGUCACAAAUUUAUCCACUCAUUAAGAGUGCCCAACUGAUGCAUCAUCUUCAAGAAAAGGCUCCACCUAGAAUUAUUAUCAAAGAUGGUAAAGAGGAGUCAAACCUAGCCUAUGAAGUCUGGUUGAAAGGCCAUUAUCUUGCCUCUUCAAAGGAACAAGAACUGCACCUCAAAGGUGAAUUGGCAAUCAAAAAAGGAGACAAUGAAUCACUUGAGAAUUUCAUAAGAAAAUUCAAAGGGAUUUGUGACAGUUUAGUUGCAAUUCCUAAGCCUCUAGAUGAUCUUGACAAAGUGUUCCAAUUAUCUAGAGUUGUAGGGACAAGGUAUCAACCUUACAAUUUGGCAGUAUUAUCAAAGGCACCUUAUCCUACCUUUAGUCAAUAUUCUACAAGAUUACUAAACAAUGAAAGAGACAUUCAAGUGGCAAAAUACGAAACCAAAGACAAGGUCCCACCAUAUGCUCAAGUGUUUGUAGCUCAAAGAGGAAGAGGACAACGAGGGCAUACAGCACUAAAAUGUUGGUAUAGAUUUGAUCAUGCAUACCAAAGUGAGGAACUGCCACAAGCACUAGCAAGUCUCACUAUGAUGGAUGACAAAGAUCCAAACUACUAUGUGGACACUGCUGCUAUAGACCGUAUGACUUCAGAGUUAGUUAGUAAAUGUACAGAAGAAAACCCAUAUAUCUUUGAAUUCUCAUCUAAUGGCUUUGUGAUUAAGGACCAAAUAACUCAAGCGGUGGUGGCCAAGGAAACUAGGAAGGGUCAGCUUUAUGCACUUGAAGAGGAAGAAAAACAUGCUUUAGCUGCUAUCUCAAAUAAAGCUUCAGAUUCCAUUUGGCACCAAAGAUUAGGACAUCCUAAUUCUAGCGUCCUAAAGACCUUAGUUAUCGAAAACAAUAUUGUUGUAUCAAAUUGGACCAAAUCUCCUCAUUUAUGUUCUGGUUGUCAAAUGGGAAAGAGCUAUGAAUGGCUACAUAUUUCCUCAAAUUUACAGCCUUCAGGCAAGCUAGAUGAGGCAUCUGUGGAUAAAUCCAAUUCUACGUUUGUUCCAAAAUCCAAGGUUAUUGAUAUGAGUAUAGAAGAAAAACACAACACAGACUUUAUUGUUGAAGAAAAAGAGGAUCAAAGGCAAGUGGAACUUGAAUGCUCUGCAAGUGCUAGUCAUGACUCACGGGAUAGCCAAGAACAAGCAGAACAUGAUUCUCCUCUUUUAACUUCCUCUCAAUCUGGGAUAAACAUUCAGGAAAAUGAAGUGGUAGACUUAUUGGCUCAAGAUACAUCGAGUACUUCUCAAGCACCAAACUCAAGUUUUGGAGGGGUACCUCCACCACCCCAUAAUGCCACUUCAACAUCAAUUCACUCAAUGACAACAAGAACAAAAUCAGGGAAGCAUACAGGACAUGUUCAAACUAAUUUCUCAAAAAUUGUAAAUCAUAUGACUACAACUAACCCAUCCUCUAAUGAUGUAGGCCUGGACAUUAAAGAGCCCAGAUUGAUUAGGAAAGCACUACAACUUCCACAUUGGGUUAAUGCUAUGAAGGAAGAGCUGGUUGCAUUUCAUAGGAACAAUACAUGGACAUUAGUCCCGGCACCUUCAAUGCAGAUAAACAUUGUAGGCUCUAAGUGGGUGUUCAGAACAAAACUAAAUCCUAAUGGAAGUGUGGAAAGCCCUGUUCUUAAGCCAACCACCCUUCGGUUAGUCAUUGUUAUUGCCACUACCUUGUCAUGGCCACUCAAACAACUAGAUGUCAAAAAUGCCUUCUUGCAUGGGACACUCAAAGAAGAGCUCUUACGAAUGGGGUUUUGUUGUAGUAGAGCAUAUUCCUCCUUGUUCAUACUCGAUACUGGUCAUGACAUUGCCUUACUCUUAUUAUAUGUUGAUGACAUAGUACUAAGUGCAAGUUCAAUGUCCUUACUACAGGUGAUAAUUGAUCAUCUUAGCAGUAAAUUUGCUCUUAAGGAUCUCGGCUCACUUAGUUAUUUUCUAGGCAUUGAGGUGACUAAGUUCUCAGGAGGCGCAUUUUUAUCACAAACUAAAUAUGCAAAAGACAAUCUUACUCGAGCCUCCAUGCUUGAAGCAGCAUCCAUUGCUACUCCAAUGGCUUUAAAAGACACUAUCACGUCGAGGGAUAGUGAUCUUGUUGAUGCGCAAGACACUUUCUCCUUAACAGGGUUUUGUGAUGCAGACUGGGUAGGAUGCCCAACUACAAGAAGAAGCACUAUUGGGUUUUGUGUUUUCCUUGGUGCAAAUUGCAUGUCAUGGUCUUCAAAGAAACAACCUAUCAUAGCCUGCUUAACAGCUGAAGCAGAAUAUCAUGCUUUGGCAUCUACUACUGCUGAAGUUGUUUGGAUUACUUAUCUACUUUGUGACAUUGGAAUUGCUCUGCCUUUUCCUCCUCAAAUUUUCUCUGAUAAUAUUAGCUCUCUUAACAUGUCAAUUAAUCUUGUCUUUCAUGCCAAGACAAAGCAUAUAAAGUUAGAUUAUCAUUUUGUUCAAGAAAAAGUAGCACUCGGGACAUUGAUUACCAGGUACAUCCCCAACAAUGAUCAAGUGGCAGACCUACUUACCAAACCACUUCCACAAGCACAAUUUAAGGCCGAUAAAAAGGUUGCUGCUGAUGAUUUCACUAAAUGUGGCGUAUUCUACUGGAGAGCUGGGGAUGGGACUUUUUACUGGUCGUAUUGUGCAGGUUUGAUUUUGGCUUCAUGGUUUUUAUCCCUUGGGGUCAACAAUGCUGAAGUUUUAUGUGUGGGAUUAGUUUCAGUAGCAGUCUCCAUGCUUUUCAUGCCUCUCUUCAAAGCUACUGGGAGUGUAUUGCCUCAAAUGGCACCACCUAACAUCCGUCUUCAGCAUUGAGCAAUGCUGGCAGCAGGUUCUCUCUUUUCCAACAAAUUUGUGUUUUUAUUUGUCAUUUUCAUGUUUGAAAAUUCAAUUUCUGGUUAGAUUACCUCUCGUGAAGAUGUUACAGAAGUUUGCCAAGCCCGCUUUUGGGAACUAGUACCUGGUCAUGCCAUUGGCUCA